AUGUCUUCGCCUACAGUCAAGCUCAACAGCGGCUACGAGAUGCCCCUCGUCGGCUUCGGGUUGUGGAAGGUCAAUAACGAGACCUGCGCCGACCAGGUCUAUGCAGCUAUCCAGGCUGGAUACCGUCUGUUUGACGGCGCUGCCGACUACGGCAACGAGAAGGAAGUCGGCCAGGGCAUUGCUCGCGCCAUCAAAGACGGCCUCGUCAAGCGCGAGGACCUAUUCGUGGUCUCCAAGCUCUGGAACACAUUCCACGACGGCGACAAAGUCGAGCCCACGGCUCGCAAGCAAUUAGACGACCUGGGCCUGGAAUACUUCGACCUGUUCCUCAUCCACUUCCCCGUUGCGCUGAAAUAUGUCGACCCGGCCGAACGCUACCCUCCCGGCUGGACCAAUGCCGAGGGCAAAAUCGAGUUCAGCAAUGCCACGAUCCAGGAGACAUGGCAGGCCAUGGAGUCGCUGGUCGACAAGAAGCUUGCGCGCAGCAUCGGCAUUAGCAACUUCAGCGCCCAGUUGAUCAUAGACCUGCUGCGUCAUGCGCGCAUUCGCCCUGCCACACUCCAGAUUGAGCAUCAUCCUUAUCUGCAGCAGAAGGGACUUGUGAAAUAUGUGCAAGAAGAGGGCAUUGUGGUUACCGCAUACUCGUCCUUCGGGCCCCUGAGUUUCAUUGAGCUGAACAUGGACUCUGCCCACAGCACUCCGCCACUUCUGGAGCAUGAGGUGAUUAAAUCUGCGGCGGCGAAGCAUGGCAAGACGCCAGCGCAGAUCCUGCUUCGGUGGGCCACGCAGCGCAACGUUGCUGUUAUCCCCAAGAGCAACAACCCGACUCGACUUAGCCAGAAUCUGGACGUCACCGGAUGGAACCUCGACCAGUCGGAUAUCGAUGCCAUUAAUAAGUUGGACCUUGGACUUCGCUUCAAUGAUCCUGUGAACUACGGUUUCAACAUUCCUAUCUUCGUCUAG